AUGGUCGCCAUUUCGGCCGCUUUCGUCGCCUGCAUUUUCGGCCUUACGGCCGUGCGCGGUUUUGACAAUGUCAUCGAGGUGACCUUCCAGGAGCACGGCGAGUCCGACAACAUGGUGUUGGACCUGUCCAUCCCCAGCGAGAGCGACAUGAUGAUCCACAGGCAGACUGACGGCUGUGCUCCCCGCACCCCCGUCGUCUACACGCCUGUCAGGCCCAACAAGCUGAGGCACUUGGUCUGGAGCGACACCGUGAUCCACGGCGUCGGUGACGACGACGAGGACACCAUCGAGAAGGUCACCGUCCACACCCACUGCCACGAGACCCUCAUUGAGGUGUCCCUCGGCAGCACCAAGGUCCACUACCUUGGCCGCGAUGGCGAGUUCGAGUUCGUCUCUGAGCACAAGUACCAGGAGGAGCUCCGCGAGAUGACCAAGACCAUCGUUGUCGACAUCAACGACGUCAACGACAACAAGUACUUGAGCUACGAGACCAACACCGCGUACGGCAUCACGUGGUACAACAUUGUCCCCAUUUCGUGCUUCUACUCCGACAAGGUCGUUGCUGGCAACGUCACCGUCUGGACCGGUGUUGGCUGCCACCAGCGCUUCGCCGGCGCCAGCGUGUACGUGAACGGCCACGAGAAGCUCGUCGCCCUUAUCUACCACGACGUUGACGGCAUGAAGGAGGCUCUCUACCACGGCAAGAACGAGGUCUACGAGGAGCUGACCCUUGAGCAGUUCGACGAGCAGUUCAAGCUCCUCGAGGAGAAGUUCGCUGCUGGCAAGAACAGCGUCGACGCUGAGGUGCGCAAGGAGGUUGAGGAGCACCAGUGA